UUGAUGGGGUUCUUACUGUAGACAUGAAGUGAUGCCAAUUCCCGGCAUUCCACAUAGCCUUGGUCGUGGACUGGCCGUACUCAGCUUCUUCCAUUGGCCUCGCCCCGAUCUACGGGUAUGGAUGCGGGUACACCAUAUAUGUAUGCCCAACCAAUAGAAUGACGGGGAUUUCGGGUUGCCUCGCCCGAAAUGCCGAUUGUCCCAAAAGUUGCGACAGGCCCAUCUUGGAGACUCUGCUACAUACCUUGUCUCGUCUUCCGUGACAACUCAAAACGUCCUUCAAAAUGGCCUCAGAGAAAGCCUUCAACAUUGUCAUUCUUCCAGGAGACGGAAUUGGUCCCGAAGUUACAGCGCAAGCUGUCCGAGCUCUUGAGACUGUCUCUAAGCAUACCGGACUACAGCUGAACCUCACCUCGUGUGACUUUGGAGGUAUCGCCAUUGACAAUCACAAUGAUCCAUUACCCCAAUCUACUCUGGAUCAAUGUAAGGCGGCCGAUGCGAUUCUGCUGGGUGCCGUCGGAGGACCCAAAUGGGGCGUUGGGCCUGUCCGCCCAGAACAGGGUAUUUUGAAAUUGAGGAAAGAGUUAGGGCUGUACGCCAAUAUCCGGCCAUCCAAUUUCAUCUCAGAGUCGCUCCUGAAGCACAGUCCUCUAAAAGAGGACCGAGCAAAGGGAGUCAAUAUUAUCGUUUUGAGAGAGCUCAUCGGAGGAGUGUACUUUGGAAAACGGCAAGAGACUGACGAGACUGGAACUGCCUGGGACACUUGCGUCUACACCAUCCCGGAAGUCGAGCGGAUCACUCGAGUCGCGGCUCAGAUCGCUCUAGCUGCCGAUCCUCCUCUCCCCGUCAUCUCGGUCGAUAAGGCCAAUGUGCUUGCUUCAUCGAGGCUUUGGAGGAAAACAGUCACCGAGCUCAUGGCGAAGGAAUACCCCCAACUCAAGCUUGAACAUCAGCUCGUCGACUCGGCAGCCAUGAUAAUGGUUGCGAAUCCUAGGAAGUUGAAUGGAGUGCUCGUCACCGAAAACAUGUUUGGUGAUAUCCUUUCCGAUGAGAGCUCCGUCAUUCCUGGAUCUCUUGGUCUUUUACCUUCCGCAUCCCUAGCCGGUGCACCAGACCCGAGCAAAACAGUUUCUGGUAUCUACGAGCCAAUUCACGGCUCCGCUCCGGACAUCGCCGGUCAAGGGAUCGCCAACCCCGUUGGUACUAUCCUUUCCGCAGCCAUGAUGCUCAGAUAUUCUCUCGGCCGAUCCAAGGAAGCUGACUUGAUCGAAUCUGCCGUUGCUAAAGUCUUGGACGACAAGGAGAAGGGUGGAUAUGACCUGAGGACGAAGGAUCUCGGAGGAGAGGCGUCCACGACAAAAAUUGGAGACAAGGUGGUGGAAGUCUUGGAACAGAUGUUGAAGGGCAAAUAGACCAUGCUCUGACUACUCCCUGCGGCACCUGUUGUCCCGAUUCAAAAAGCAUGCACGCACACAGCCAGGCGACAUUGAACAGACGUGGCAAAUAAUCGAAUAGCAGUGGUGAUGAUAAAUUUGAUUCCGUCACUUUAGUCCUCAGUAUCCAGGACCUGG